UGUAGCUGAAAACAUAACUCAGAAUCCGAAGCAAUGAGACAGAGCCGGACGCGGCUCGGAAACAAAAUAAAUUAUAAUCGCUAAUUUUAAAUUUAAAAUACCGUAACAACGAAGUCAUUGGUUAUAAAAUGAAUGAAAAUUAACCAAUCGAUGCGUUAAAGGAAUUUAUUUUGCCCAUAUAGCUUAGGCUAAACCGCCCCCGUGGGAAAGAAAUAUCGUUUAGUGAGUAUCUCGUCUCGUGACCGCAGUCGAGCAUUUUCCACUAUUCGUUUUAUGUUGGUUUGUGAGAGCAUACUGCAUACAGUGACUUCAGUCACAGUUAUAGACAGCGAAGCUCUAGUUUUAAGGCAAUAAUUGUUUGAAUAGAUUUAAAAAAUAUAGUUAUUUUGUCUUUGAUUUGCUAUGGCGAAUGGAAGCAAGGAUUACUCAAACGGCUCGAUCAUAUUUCCAUCUGAUUUAAAUCCCGUAAUCUGUGAACAGCCAAGAAACUAUUCUCCCGACAUGUUGAAGUAUGUGGCCUUUAUUUACAUGGUAACAUCUUUACUGAGCGUCGUUGGAUCGUCAUCGAUUAUUUUGUUUGCAUUAAAAAAGAAAAUUGUGUCAAAUCACGAGAUCCAACCUCUGUUCAAUUUGUCUCUCGCUGACUUUUUUCUGGGGUUCGGUUGGUUUCUGGCUACAUGUCUGUGGUGGGUACAUCCUGAUGGCCCCUCAAUAAGUACAGAGACAUGCUUCUACAUCGAGAUGUUCACACAGAUUUUCCAAAUUACCUCCUUCUUUCUUACUGUUAAUUACGCUGUUCACGUGUUUAUCCGUGUUCAACAAAGAGCCGUGGAAUCGGGUACACGUGGUUUCUAUUAUCGAAAGCGGGGUCUUUUUCGUGGUCUGUACAUGUUUUCUUGGAUCACUCCUUUGCUGGUCAUGUUACCAAUGAUCAUAUACCACUCUAGUCAUAAUUUUGUCCAUUGCUCGCGUUGUUUAGUUUUGAUUGAUCAACCGAAGGCUCGCGUUUACAAUGAGACGAGGGUGGACGUAAAAAAUUUUGCUUGGCGAAACUACGCCUCGAUUGUCCUUCUUUUAACUAUUUGUUUUGCUAUUACUGUCAUGUUGGUAUUGUAUUUCGUGGCAUUGAGAAAACUUGCUGGUACAAUGAAACGUUACAGCCUGUUGUCCGUUCAACAACGACAAAGGGCUGAAAGUAAUAGAAAAAGAGUUCUGUUGUACAUUGCCGUGUUUUUCGUAUGUUGGCUGCCAGCUCUGGUUGUUGUAUUGGUUAAGUUGGCGACUGAAGAGAAAUACUACGAUUUCAAGAAAAUGUUUGUCGUAUUUUUAAUCGAGGCUAUUUUCACGCCUUUACAAGGCUUUCUGAAUUCUCUGGUCUAUGGUUGGACGAGAAGCUCGUUUCGUCAUUUCAACGAGAGCACAUCUUCCUAUCGACGUCCAUUGCUUCCUCCAGAUCGUUUUACAACAAGCAUUUAUGGAACAAGCUCUCCGCUAGCUCAUUAACUGGAGUUUUCUUUUGGUAAUAUAGAAUUACUCACAGCAUUGACGUGAGUGUGUGUGACUACAACGUCUUAUGAAUUUUAAAAGUUUCUAAUGCCUUUCAUACGAAAUCCAGCGCUCUUAUCUGAUCAAUAAGAAUGUAAAGAUAUAUCGAUAUUAAAAUGCCAUGAUAUUCUACGUA